AUCCCGGUGUCGCAGCCGAGUCUCUUAUUUAUGAAGCUCCUCCUCGAAAUUUAUUGCAUUUUCCUUUUCAUUAUCCCUACGUUCAAAAUGGCUAGUUCUCUUCGCAACAUCAUCGUCGUUGGAGGUUCUUUCGUCGGGCGGACCACCGCUCAGGAGCUUGCAAAAGUGAUUCCUCCGACACACAGAGUCCUCCUCACCGAGCCGCAUAGCCAUUUUCACCAUCUGUUCACUUUUCCCCGAUUUGCGAUCGUUCCCGGACAGGAACACAAGGCAUUCAUUCCAUACAGUGGCCUCUUCUCGGUCGUGACCGAAUCAAAGUCACACAGUGUGGUUCCGGCGCGCGUGACAUCAGUUCACUCCCAGCAUGUGCAGCUUGAUCGGGAAUGGCAGGGUUCCACAGAGAUCCCCUUUGAUUACCUCGUGGUGGCCACUGGCACGCGCCUGUCGAAGCCCGCCGCAAUGGAGAAGGACGACAAACUAUCCUCGGUCGAGUACCUACAGAAGCACCAAGCGGACGUCAAGCGAUCGCAAUCAAUUCUGAUCGUCGGUGGUGGUGCCGUGGGGGUGCAGAUGGCAACUGAUCUCAAAGAAUAUUACCCGGAGAAGGACAUCACGGUGGUUCAGUCCCGACCUCAGCUCAUGCCCAGCUUCCACAUUGGGCUGCAUGACCUCAUUAAGAAACGGUUCGAUGAGCUGGGAAUUAACCUUAUCACUGGAGCCCGAGUGACCAUCCCGACAGGGGGAUUCCCCACCGAUGGAAAGCCCUUCGAGGUGCAACUGACCAACGGCAACACCGUGUCUACCGAAUUUGUGAUUCUGGCGACCGGCCAAACACCGAACAACCAACUGGUUAAAAGCCUAGAGCCCUCCACCCCCGACAGUCCAUCCGUGGUCAACCCGGACAAUGGGUACAUUCGCAUCCGGCCAACAAUGCAAUUCCUCGACGAGCGUUAUUCAAAUCUCUUUGCUGUCGGUGAUAUCGCGGAUACUGGGGCCCAGAAAGCUGCACGACCUGGGGCGGCCCAAGCUGCCGUGGUUGCAAAGAACAUCGUGGCCAUGAUUGAAGGUCGUGAUCCCGAAGAGAAAUUCGUCAAAGGUCCCGGGGCAAUCCACAUUACUCUUGGAAUGAAAUAUAACGUGGUAUUCCGCAACCCCAAUGUGGCUGAAGGACAGACAGAGCCUUGGGUCAAUCCAAAGCAAGAUGGCCAAGAAGAUAUGAACGUGGAGGGCAUGUGGCAGAGGAUGGGCAUUUCGGUGGACAGCCCGCGCCAAUACCAUCUUUAA